GCCUGGCCGCCGUGACAUGGCUGGUGCUGAAGCUGAGGCAGGGCGUCCUCAUGCUCGCCGUGACUAGCGCGGCCAGGACCACGUCCCUCGUCGCUUUGGAGAGGGUCCCGGCGUCCUGGCGGCCCUACCUAGCCUACCUGCUGGGGCUGCUGGGCAUCCUUCUAGCCGGCUACUCCGACCGGCUCUGGCCCCUGCGGCGGGCCGCCCCGCUGGCGGAGCCUCCCGCCGCCCCCCCGGCCGCGGACGAAGCCCCGGUGCUCAGGCGGCGGCGGCGGUCCAGCUCCAUGAUCUCCACCGAGAUGUCGGGCGGCGGCGGCAGCAGCAGCAAGACCCACCGGCGGACCUCACUGCCCUGUAUCCCCCGGGAGCAGCUCAUGGGGCAUUCUGAAUGGGAUCACAAAAGAGGACCCAGAGGCUCACAGUCUUCUGGUACCAGUAUCACAGUGGAUAUCGCUGUCAUGGGAGAAGCACAUGGGCUCAUUACAGAUCUUCUGGCAGACCCUUCGCUGCCCCCCAAUGUGUGUACUUCACUGAGAACAGUGAGCAACCUGCUUAAUACACAGUUAACCUUCCAAGCCAUCCACAAGCCAAGGUUGAACCCUUUGGUAUCAUUCAGUGAGAACUACACCUGCUCCGACUCAGAGGAAUGUCCAGAGAAAGGAGAGAAACUGGCUAUUCCCAAGCGCUUACGGAGAAGUUUGCCUCCAGGACUGCUGAGACGGGUGUCCUCAACUUGGACAACAACAACAUCAGCAACAGGAUUACCUACAUUGGAGCCAGCUCCAGUGAGAAGGGAUCGCAGUGGCAGCAUCAAACCUCAUGAAUCAUCUUCAUCCAGCAGUGAUUCCUGGAACAACUCAAUUCUGAUGACAAUCACGAAGAGCAGGUCCUUCUCCACCUCCUACACCAUGUCUUCUACCAACCACCUGAAUGCCAAAAGGCAGAGCCGGCAAGGUAUCCCACCAAAUAUUUCACCUCUCACCUCCCCGUGCCAUUCACCGAUUCAGGGAACUCCUGCCACAAGUCCUACCGGAAAAACAUCUUCUGUGUCAUUUCCGGACUCUACAGAUACUGAUACCAAGCAAGGCUUAAAGCCACACAAAGUCUUAACUUCUACUCAGAGUGCACCUACCCUCUCAGACCCUAUUAUCAGCCCCUCUGUCAUCUGCAGCAGCUGUGGCAGACCCUAUAACCAAAUAGAAGCUGGUGAUGGGACACUAAGUAGAAAUGAUGGUACCACACACACUCUGAACAGAACAGAUGAUCCUGCACAAGCCACUUCUGACUAUGAGACCAACAACAGCGAUAGCAGCGAUAUCGUACAGAACGAUGAUGAGACGGAGUGCUCCAAGGAGCAGACACGGAAGGGAUCCGUCUGUAGGACCUACACACCUGAGACCAUCAUUCUGCAUCCCUUGAUACCACCUGAGGACAAACCUGUACUUGCUCCUGAGCCCUUGGUUAUGGACAACUUGGAUCCCCUGAUGGAACAGCUAAAUAGUUGGAACUUCCCAAUCUUUGAUUUGGUAGAAAAAAUCGGAAAGAAAUGUGGUCGGAUUCUCAGUCAGGUAUCAUACAGGCUUUUUGAAGACAUGGGGCUGUUUGAAACCUUUAAAAUACCAGUGAGGGAAUUCAUGAACUACUUUCAUGCCUUGGAAUGUGGAUACCGAGAGAUCCCUUAUCACAACAGAAUCCAUGCAACUGAUGUUCUCCAUGCUGUUUGGUACCUUACUACUCAACCCAUCCCAGGACUCCCAACUGUGAUUAAUGACCAUGGGUCAGCAAGCGAUUCAGAUUCUGACAGUGGAAUCACUCAUGGCCAUAUGGGUUAUGUGUUUUCGAAGACAUACACACCUACAGAUGACAGCUAUGGAUGCCUAGCUGGCAACAUCCCUGCCCUUGAACUGAUGGCUCUUUAUGUAGCUGCAGCCAUGCAUGAUUAUGAUCACCCAGGAAGGACCAAUGCCUUUUUGGUAGCAACAAGUGCUCCUCAGGCAGUGCUGUACAAUGACCGCUCCGUCCUGGAGAACCACCACGCUGCUGCUGCGUGGAACCUUUUCAUGUCAAGGCCAGAGUACAACUUCUUGGUCAACCUUGACCACGUGGAGUUCAAGCAUUUCCGCUUCCUCGUCAUUGAGGCAAUUUUGGCUACUGACCUGAAGAAACACUUUGAUUUUGUUGCCAAAUUCAAUGCCAAGGUAAAUGAUGAUGUUGGAAUUGACUGGACUAAUGAGAACGACCGCUUGCUGGUUUGCCAGAUGUGUAUUAAGUUGGCUGACAUCAAUGGGCCUGCAAAGUGCAAAGAUUUGCAUCUGCAGUGGACAGAAGGCAUUGUCAAUGAGUUUUAUGAACAGGGUGAUGAAGAGGCUAGCCUGGGCUUGCCAAUCAGUCCCUUCAUGGAUCGCUCUGCUCCUCAGCUGGCACACCUCCAGGAAUCUUUCAUUACUCACAUUGUGGGACCACUAUGUAACUCCUAUGACUCAGCAGGGCUGAUGCCAGGGAAAUGGAUAGAAGAUGGUGAUGAAUCAGGAGACACUGAUGAGCACGAAGAGGAAGAAACAGGAGAAAUGGAAACUUGUGAAAAUACUGAAUCCAGAAAGAAGACAUUCAAGAGGAGGAAAAUCUACUGUCAGAUCACUCAGCACCUGCUUCAGAACCAUAAAAUGUGGAAGAAAGUAAUUGAGGACGAGGAGAGGUUAUCUGGGACAGAGAAGCAAGGUGCGGAGCCGUCCACGCUGCACCAAUCUUCCGAACAAAUCCAAGCCAUCAGGGAAGAGGAGGAGGAGAAGGGGAAGCCCAAGAGGGAUGAAGAGGAGAACACAACUGUAGAACCGAAUCAAUGACAAUAUUUACAGCAGUAUUUUAAGAAAGAUUGACUUGUGCACAGACUCUUUCUCAAGCCAGCACAGCAUUUAGACACUACACUGUAGAAGUAUGGGAUAAUGCGCCUACAGCUGUUUAAUUUGUUUCUCCUUCCUUUUUAUGGUGAGGUACCUUGUUUUAACUUGUAUGCUCAAGGAAGCUUUCACACUGCGACACCGGCUUUUACAGACUUUCUUUAAAGAGAUCCGGGGAUGGGUGGAAUUAUAUAAAUAUAUAUAGAGAGAGACAGGGUUAUUGGCUGCGCACUUCAGCAAAAUACAUUUAAUGAUAUAUUAUGGUCACUGUGAUAUUUACAGAAGAAAGUUAUCUAAGGAAAUGCUGCUUCUAAAGCACGUUUGCAGUUAAUAGUAAGGUACCAGUUAAGUAGCUUUUGCUCUUAAUGCUGAGGGUUAAAAGUUCCAAAGCUUUGUAUGAAUGCUGAUACAUCCUGCCAACAUCUGUGUGUCUGUGGGUGGGUGUUUGCGAGUGUGAGUGGAAGUAACACAAUGCAGCAUAGUUUGAGUUGUUACUAUGCCAGCUGUAGCACAUGUUCCAAUGUAGGAUGACAAACAGAAGACCUGAAUUUUAGAGAAUUUGUGCCUGCAAGGGAGUUGGAGGGCAUUUUGAGGAGCUUUGUGCUGCUGCAGGCAGCAGCCUUCCAGCAGGGGCUGCAGGGCCAAGGGCUGCUUGCCUGGCCCCCAGCGCAGAGUCCUCUGCCUCUCCCUCUUCUACACUUGCCAGACUGCUGGCAAAAAGGAUGUGCCAGGCAAUUUUUCCUGGCUUCUGUAUGCUUCAGAGUGUGUGUAUGGCCGUGUGGGGCAGUGUGUGUGUUUGGGCAGGAGAGAGCAGAGAGCAAAUGUGUGUACAUACUCGGAAACCAGAGGCACGCUGUCAUCUUCCUACCCUAACCUUAUGCCUCCGUGCAUCAGUGGCCAAAUAUAUCAUUUAGGAACCAAGCUACACUACAUCUCUUGAGAGCAAAAGAUGGGGAGUGUGGGGGCCAUGCCCUUCCUCAAAAUAAAAGGCAAAUGAUGCAUUAGGAGCAGUGUGGGGACAGGUGCCAGUCCUGUAUUGGCUGGACAAUCACAUGUCUCAGCAACCACUCGCAUGAGUUUCAGAGAACUUGGUUUUUCAGUGCGAGGUGCUGGAUGGGAGCAGUUUGUUGCUAGCAUUCUGCUUAGAAACAGUGUGUUUGAUCCCACCAACAUAUUUUUUUUCUUUUUUUUUUUUCUUUAAGGAAAAGGAAAAGAUCGGGCCUGUAAAAAGAUGAGAUCUUUUUUUCUUUUUUUUUUUUUUUUUGUGUUGUUUAUUUGUUUUCUCUGUUGUUUAUGCUGUGAGCCAAAUGUCUAUUUAAAAGGUUGGAUAUUCACUUUCAAUAUUUUAUUUCACGAUAUUAUAUUUGUCAAUGAUUAGCUAUCUAGAUGUAAAUAUGGAAAAAUUUUUAUGGAUUCCUGUAGAUAAUGAUAUCUUUAAGAAAAAAAAAAAAAAAAGAAAAAGAAAAAAAGGGAAAAGUUUUUUUGUAAAGCUAAUUUUUUAAGAAAUAAAUACAAAAGCAUUUUUAUACAGUGUAGCCAUUUCCAAACCCAGCAAAUAAGGUCUUGAGUAAUUUAUAUAGACUGUUCUGGGAAGCCAGUGGUCUACAGUAUCAAGGCUUUAAGAUAUUCUUUUGGAGACUGGCAGCGCCAACCAAUACCACACAAUUUAGUUUCAUGCCCCCCAAAAGAAUUUAUAUAUAUGAAGUUCAGUAUCUCUCAAAAAGGAUUUGAGUACCUAUCCUUUUUAUAUUUUGAUCCCACAGCCCCUUGCCAAGAAGAGGAUUGCUUGUGUAAGAAUGCUUGUGAAAGAAAGAGUUUGUAGGAGAAGUUCUUUCUAUAUUAAAUUUCUUAUAUUGCACCCAUCACUUCUUGCUAUUGUUAUGCGUUCAGCAUAUUUCAUGAUCCUAUUGAUUCCUACCCAAUAAUCUUGUAAAACAUUCUCUAUCAAAGUUGAUCAGUGUGUGUGUUAUCACUUAAGAGUUUCUUUGUGCUUUGGUGUUUCUGUCAGAGUGAGCUUUCAUGGGGAAACAGGAUUUUGGUUUCUUAUAGGUUGCAUUUGCCUGAUGCCAUCCCUUCCUACUCUUACCAGUAGAGAAGGUAUUUGCCUUUUGACAGAGUGACUCCAGAGUGUGGCACUGAAUGCUCUCAUCGGCAGAAAUAUUGAAUAAGUGUUUUGCAGUGAAAUCAGAAAAGCCAAGGUCCUGAUUGCGCUAUUAUUUUUUGAGGGAAAGGAUAUUGCAGUAUUAAUUUUCAAAAGAAAAAAAAAAAUGUCUCCAAGAUCUCAGCAAGUCUCCAUCAGCUCCAGCUGUCACUGUUUUCACACCUCUUCAGUCACUUUGAAUAAUCAUUUUAUUUGGGAUUUUCUUGUACAAGCAAUAUGCAAACCUUAUAGUAUGAGAAGAUUUUAAUAUUCCUCAUUCUGUCCUUUAAUAUUAAACUUACAGAGAUGAUUUAAAAUGUCACAUCUCCAAGGCAUUUUUUUCUCCAUUUUGAGGGCAUGAUCACUGGGACUGGAUUAUUCUUGAUUUUUAUAUUGCCUUUGCUACAAAAAGAAAAAAAAAGGUAUUGCAGAAAGGGUUAGUGGGCACUCAGUUGGUAAAAUAACAGAGAGAUAUUCAAGAAUGAGGCAAAAUCUUGCACAUAGUCCUCUAAAUAGGCAUAUAUAGGGUUGAAAUAAGAAAAUUAGCCUAAAACUGUGCUGACAUGGAAUUAUAUUUUUCCUAUUCAUAAUUUUUGGUUGCCAUUAGGUAAAAUCAGUUUCAGGUUCUGAUUUAUUAAGUUUUCUCUCUAUAUUGCCAAUGCAGCUGUCACAGAUUGCUACUGCAUUGCUAUACAAGCUGUUUGUGGGUACAGUUUGAUUAGCUUGGGUCUUUUACAGUGAAAGAAUUGCUGACAGGCUUAAAAUUGGAAAGUUUGUUGGUUUUCUCCAACCAGGGAGAAGCUAAAAUAGCUGGGAGUGGUUAAAGUGGUAAAAAGCUGAAUAACAGAAACCAGUUUCUGCAGAUAUCUGCAGAUAUUAGUCCUUCUUUCAAUCUUUGCAGUGCAUUUCUGAUAGGCAGUGAUCAGAAAAUUUCCCACGUUGGCUUAAAUAUAACCCACCAAUAAAAAAUGCCAGAGAGAUUUUAUAUCAAACAUGUGAAUACCAUGUGUGUUUCUUUUUUUUUUUUAAGUAGGUAAUGAAGCAGGUAACUUUUUUGUUUGCUUUGGUUUUGGUUUUAAUGUUUUCUGUUCCAAAGGAGGAAAAACUUUUGAUCUGCAGUAGCAGCAACCUUUCAGGUGAGAUAUUUACAAUGGUAAAAAAAAAAAAAAAAAAAAAAAGGUUUGUAUUUUAUCUUUCAGUUCUUUAAAAACAGAUAGAAAAAUAGAAAAAGACUGGAUUAUUUUUCCAAUUGGCUUUUUCGUUUUCUUCACUGUAAUGUCACUUGGUGACUGAUCCUGUUCCUUUCUAGUCCAGGAGAAGUUUGCUGUUCCCUGAAGUAGAGAUCUUCUUGCAGUGCUUGCAGCUCCCGACACAGUGAUAAAAGCACUCUGCCUGUCAUGUAAUUGUCACAUAUUAUCUCUUUUGUCCCCAUAUUCUCAUUGUGCUUGGUAGUCACAUGCUAUGUAACAUAGAAUAUAACUUUGCUUAUCAUGCUUGUGUUGCAGAAAGAGCGUAUGGAAGUAGAGAGUGUGAAAGGCCCAAACUGUUUAUUCCCUUUUCUUUUAGAAGGAGCCUGAGACUUGAGUUUCCUUCAGAAUUGUCACAGAAAGUAGAAUGCAGUUUGGAGAAUCCAAGGUUCUUGCAAAACUGAGCAACAGUCAGCAGUACAGUCUGUGAGGACUUCCCAGCCCAUGCCCCAGUCCAGGCACAUUUUCACCUUGUGUUGUGCUCGUGCUGCCGAGUUGUGAGCUGAGUAGGUGUGAGGUAGCUGUCAGCUUGAGUACUCAGCUGCCUGAGCCCCACCAGGUUUUAGUGGGACUUGGGAUCCUAGAAAAUUUUCUCUAUUUUUAAAAUGAGCCUCAGACACUUGUGGAAAUUUUGCCAUAGUAGAACGCAGCAAGCGGUUUGUGGUUGGUCCCAAAUAUUAAUGAAGUAUUUGUGCAAAGUCUCAUUAAUUAUCAGGCACAUUCUCCUUGGUCUCUGUGGUGUGAUCAUGUGCUGGUGUAUUUGCUGUUGAUGAAAAUGGUUGCAGGUUUGAGUCCACCCUCUGACAUGCUGACUUCAUAAAAAAAAAAAAAACAAAAAAAACCAGGAUAAUUGCAAUUACUUUUGCACAACUUGUUUAAGGAGGAAAGGUUGCAAGCAAGAGAUGAGAAUUUCUUGAGCAUCCCCCAGAUUCAUGGGUGGAAGUUUAGGUUGAGGUACAUGACUCUCCCAGACCUGCUGCAGGCACUGCAUCUGUGAGGCAGGUGCAGAAGGUUUCUUGCUAUUUCCAGUCUUGGACCUGGAUGCUGGCCUGAAACCUCAGGUAUUCCUCAGCUGGAAGCACAGCACUGGUGUAAUUAGUCCUGGGGUUUAUGAGGUUAAAGACAGGGAGAAAGGCAAACUGACAAUUUGUAGGAAAAAGAAGAGGAAAUCUUAGUCCAGUAUGAAACAGGCUUUGUGCAACACACUGAAUUUUCUUUAGUUUUCUAUCAAAAUCAAGUGUAAUCCCACUGGAAUGAAGUAAACAAUGAAUUUUUGGGGUUUUGAUUACUGUUUUAUGUUGCAGCAUUGGUCAAAAUGGUGGCAGCAUUAAUGAUAAUUUUUCCCAUUAAGUAGGGUGGGGAAAUCUCUUUUUUUUUUUCUUCUAUACUUUCAGGUGAAUCAACAAAUAAAGAGUGUCCAGGCCUCCUGAAGAAAUUGCAUGUUCACUGUUUUUGAACAGAUGUGGGAAUAAUUGAAAUUAGGUGACAGGUCUCAAGCAGUCCUUGGAAGAGCUAGGAAAAAAUACUGAUUAUUGGAGACAAAAGCUGAAUUAGAGCAAGAUAACAUCAGUACUGUUGAGUGCACCUUAGUAUGAUAAAUCUAUAUUUGAAUUUCAUCCCUUUCCUUUAGCAAAACAACAUUCCUCUGGAGGUAAAUCAAAGGCAGGGUUUUAGCCCCUGCUGUGGUAGUUAUUGAAUCUCAGCAUUGGAGGGAGCACUGUGACUCCAUUUACAUCCUAAUUAUAAUUUAUUCAGAGGCCAUUAGUAGCUUUUUCCUGGCAGGGGGGGGUCUUAAUAAAAAAAACACUACGUCUCCUCCAGAGGACUUGGGCAUCACCUGUGUCAACGCUCUCUUGACUUCUUAGGAUGAUCCAAGCUGCUCAGGAGCUUGCAGGCAGGAGUGUGUAACUGAAGAGUCCAUUUUCACAGUGACAAAAAUGGGCAAAAGCUCAAGCUAGUCAACAAUACUUCUUUGAUAAAGCUGAAAUAAGGAUAAGCAUUGUGCAGUCUGAAAGCUUGCCAGCAUCACUGGAGGUGUACACAAACAUUGCACAAGUAAAACUGUUUCUUCUGGCAGGUGAUGAGUUCAGGUAAAACCAGCUGGCCUUGGCUGUGGUCUGUCAAGCUGAAUGAUCUAGUAAACUAAUUUUUAAAUGCAGUAUUAUAAUUCCUCCUCAUUAAAGAAAACUUUGCUUGAUGCUAAAGUGGGAAGAAAAAAUUAUAAUACUUAUUUCAGUUGAGCUGUUUGGGUGGGUAGCCCAUGACAGUUGUUUCUUAGUUCCAAAGCUGAGCUCCUGAUAUGUCCAAAGUGUAGAAAUGGGACAACAGGUGAGAGACUUGUUCUGCUGUGGAUGGUGUAUGGGAUCUGUGUGCACCAAGUAGCACCAUUUAAAUCUGCAGGUGUGGAAAGUGGUGUAUCCCAGCAGUGAAUUAGACCAGGAAAUCCAAAUAUUUCUAGUUUCAAUCUGUGUUGGAAGCAUAAGAGCAGGUAGAAAGGACUUUGCCACAGCUGCAGACCAUAUAUACUGUUAUGGUUGAAUUCUCUUGACCUGAUUCAAAGAUCACAGAAAUCAGAUUGAAUGAGCAAAACACAGCCCAGACUGUGGAUCCAGGCAGGCAGGUGUGUGUUAGCUUGCAUUUCCUCAGGCUCACUGAGGAGGAUUUGCCCAUUGGCCUGCAGGUGUUGUGAGGUUCCAGGGGCACAGCACAGGUGGGAGGAAAAGAAAAAAUGUCAAAUAUCAGAGGGUUAUUUUCCAAGUAGCUAUAGAAAUACCUUAGAGUGAUGUAAUCCAAGCCUGCACUCACCUCUCCAUGGUUAGCUCACAGAGAAAGCCCUGAGGUAGCGUGGCUAGAUGCUCUGUCUUCCUUUACCACAGUGAAGACUUAGAAGCAAUGCUUGUGAAUCAGAAGUUGCUCUUAAUUUCUAAAUUUUUAUUUCAAGGAGAUUGAUGAUUUUAGAUUUUGUUGUUGGUUUUUUUUCUUCCCUGACCCUAGCCAAUUUUUCCCCACGCUUUCAAAAAAAGAUCAGAGAGAAAACACUUUGGGCUUUGCCAUGCAUGUACAUACUAUUUUAGGUAGAAAGCCCAUCCUGUUAAAGCUGUCUUUCCUUUUCAAAACUCCUGCCUGAUUCUGAUACACAAUGAAAACCAUUUUGAAUGCAAAACUUUCAAUUUUAGAUGUUUGUAAACCCUAAUACAAUAUUGCAGAUGGUGUCCUAAAAGAUCAAAGACAGCAUUUAUAACUGCUGUGUGGUGUUGAUGGUAUUUUUAAUGUUUCAACCAUGUCAGCAUACACUUGGUCAUUACUUUUCUGACAUUAAGUCUUCUUUUUCUUGCAUAAUCAAUAUAAGAUGUUUGCAUGAGAGAACGUAAUUUAAGUUCACUUUUUUAAAAGACGUGAUUCAUACUGUAGGUUAUAUUUGUUUAACAGAUUAAUGUUUUCACUGACAGAUGGCAGUUCUUUUUCUUUUUAGUGCUCUUGGUAGAAGAACAUCUAGGACAUCUUCCAACAGAAACACUUUUUGUAACCUUUGUCUCCAGUAGUGGAAGUUGUACCUUUCAAAAAUAAUUAUUUUCCAAUACGAUUUGGCCAUCUGGGUAACAAUAUGCAGGUAUGUAUAUCACAUAUAAGAUGUGAUGUUAAAAAAACCCAAACAAACAAACAACAAGAAAGUGAUACCCUUUUAGUGAAAGUAUUCAAGAAAAUAAUUUAGUCAAAAAGUCAAAACAACUUCUGAAUUCAAAUUUUGCCUAUGUCAAUGUAGUUGAAGCACUUGACCCCCCACUAGACUUUGGGGCCAAAGUGUACAAAUAUUGGAUCUGAGGAAUUUGGUCAUCUUACAUCCUAUCCUAUGAGGUUUGACUCCUAGCCUUGGACCUCAAGGCACUGAACCUCAGACACAAUGAUUCUAUGAUGCUCAUUCAGACUUUGCUCUAGAAGCAAGUUUCUGCAGCUCACCCAAAUACUUCAAAAUUAAUCCCUCCUUGAUUUUUUUCCACUUCAAAAGAUGAGAGAAAGGGGAGAAAUGUCAUUUUAUAUGGCUCUAUUUGAAAAGAGUUUUGUGUACCUUUAUAAUUCUUUUGAAGCAAUAUUUUCAAAAAUUACUGCCAGCCAAAGUGGCAAUGCAGAGAAGUGCCAUCUUGUUCAGGAUUUGUACACACCAGUUUUUAACACAGUGUUCUUUUCACGAAGUACUACAUACGUUAAUUUAUAUUUAUAUAUUGUCAAUAUUGUUGUAACCAAGCUUCUCCUUUUUAAACACUUCAGGAACAAGGCCUUGUAUUUUUAGGUGAUUUUCAUAAACAGAAUAAUUCUUUUCCUUUCACUAGUAUCUUGCACUUGAUACAUGUAGCAAUACUUAAUAUAUUCUCUUCACAAGUAUUUGUUAAGUGAUUUAGUUAAUGGCUGAUAAAUGUUUUGUACAAAAUAGAUUCUGUACAGGAAAAAAAAAUCUUUUAGAUAAACAUUAUUUAUUUUUACUGUUUUGUAAGUUAGACACUAUAAUGAAGCUCCUUUUUGCCAGAAUUACUGGAAGUGCCUCUUGGUAAAAUGUAUUAUACAGUAAAUACGUAUUCAAAAUUAUUAGAAAUACUUGUCACAAAAUGAACAAUGUGGAUGUUGCAAUGUGAAGACAAUUGUACAACAUAAAUAUAAUUCUGUGGUA